AUGUAUCUCCCGCGCCAGCUAAUAUCCCACCUAUACCUCCAGCUCCUCCGAUCGCAUCACCCCCUCUCACCACCGGUGUUGAUUCUCGUCGCGCUCGAACCAGAUGCCCUCUGCGCGUGCCGAAUCCUAACCGCCCUCCUGAAACGCGACUACAUCCCACAUAAGAUUCACCCUGUUGCUGGAUAUGGCGAUCUCUCACGCGCCGGCGAAGAGCUUGUCCGGCCAAUGCAGACGGGGAAUGGGGGGAGUGGAGGUGUUGUUGUUUGCCUGGGCGUUGGUGGGCUUGUGGACCUCGGUGAGAUCCUAGGGCUGAGUGGUGAGGAUGACGAGGCGGAGGAUAUGGGGGGCGUGGAGGUUUGGGUGUUUGACGCGCGGCGGCCGUGGAAUCUGGCGAAUGUUUUUGGGGGCGAGGGCGGACAGCAGCAGCAAGUACUGAGGGAGGCUGAUGCGAAUGGUGAUACUGCGCGGAGGAAAACGCGGGGUGUGGAUAAAGGGUGUGUUACGGUUUCGUACAAGUUUGGGAGUGGGAAUGGGGGUGUUGUUGUUUACGACGAUGGGGAUAUUGAGGAAGAGAUGGAGAAGGAGAGGGAGGCAUAUUGUGCUCUGUUGGAGAUGCCGGAGGUAGAUGAGGGGGAAGAGGAUGAGGGUGAUGAUGAUGAGGGUGAUGAGCCGCCGUCAAGCUCCGACUCGAAGAAGCGCAAAUCCUGGUCAAGGGAGGAUGAUGAUGAGGACGAGUUUGAUGAUGAGGAUGGGCCUCCUCGGCAGCGGAGGCGGAGUGACUCGGGCUCAUCGAUUGCUUCUUCACCGACUCGGCAGCGGAGACGCAACGGACACGACUCUUCAAACUCGUCGCGCUCUGCUACUCCCGUAUCAGAUUCACCCUCACCUGCACAGACAAAACAGCCGUCCACACAGUCAUUGAGACGCCGGUUACUCCGAAUGAAGCACAAGCACGAGAGCGUAUUACAGCAGUACUAUUCUUCCGGAACUUCCUACUCAGAGCCCAUCUCCUCUAUCAUGUACUCCCUCGCAUCGGAGUUGGGCCGUGACGACAACGACCUCCUUUGGCUGGCCAUCGUCGGGGUCUGCAGUUUGGAACUGAGCGGUCGUACUAUGUCUGGGGUUGGCGUCUCGAGCUCAUCGGAGUCUGGAGGUUUAGCGGGAUGGGGUGGAGAGCGAGGAGAACGAAUACGGCAAAUACUACGUGACGAAGUCAACCGAUUAAACCCACCCGACCCUAGUGACCAAUACCGCGAUAUAAGGGGGGAGAUCUCCGGCGUCAUCCCAACCACCGCGCGGUCUCCCACCGACAAGUCUAUCCGGUUAUCACCUGAGCCUCGUUUCAUCCUUGUGCGGCACUGGUCUCUCUAUGAAAGCAUGCUGCACAGUCCCUACCUGGCAUCUAGACUACACGUAUGGACGGAAAAUGGACGAAAACGAUUGCACAAGCUUUUGGCAAAAAUGGGAAUCAGCUUGACGCAAUGUCACCAGAACUACACGCACAUGGACAUGGAACUAAAGCGGGUCCUACGGCAACGACUGCUCACAUACGCCCCGAUGUAUGGGUUGGAUGGACUGGUACCUCAAGAAGCACCUGGCCAUGCCGUGUCUCGGGAAGGCUGGGGGUUUGUCCGCUGCUGGGGCUGGAAGGCUUGCCUCUCAGCCACAGAUGUAGGAAUCAUGGUGGGCGCGAUUCUCGAGGUUGGGCCCGAAGAAGUCCCAGGUGUAUGGGAUGCUAAACGCCUGCACCGGCCAAAGAGGAUAGAAGGCAACGGUGCCUCUGAAGAGACAGAUACAGAUCCAUCAGACCUUCUCCCACGUUUCUGGACAGCGUAUGAUGCGCUCUCAUUAACGUCAGAGUCGCCUACACUUCUCAUGGAAGCGCUACCACUUGCUCAACACCUACAACGCGCCAUCCUUCGUACCGGUACAUCGCUACUCUCAAAGCAUCAGAUCAGACACCUACGGGCUUUCCGCAUUGCGGUUGUCAAAGAUGGCCCUGACGUGAAACUUUUCACGAACCCAGGAGCAUUGACAAAGCUUGCGUUAUGGGUUGCGGAAGCUAUCCGUGUGCAGGAACGAGAGCGCAGUGACGCCAUCAAAAUCGGAAAAAGACGAGCUGCGGGUACACCACUGGUACUCGCUGGCCUCGACGAGGACCGCGGCCUCUAUGUGGUUGUCGGUACCGGUGGCGGAGGCGGUGUCGUUGACUUUGCUGCUAUGUCUAAACGUCGGGAAGAGCGGCGGAAGAAGAAUGAAGGGAAAGAGAAGAAGCGAAAAGAGCGAGACGAAGCACGAGCAAAACGUGCCGCCGAGCGAGCUGCAAGGGCAGAGGAUGGCGAAGAAGACGAAGAGGAAGAAUCAGAGGAGGAAGAGUCUUCCGAGUCUGAAUCUGAAUCCGAGGACGAACAAGAUAUGAGCGGUAACAAACAUCUUCUGCGCAACCGAUUCGGCAUUGCCUUCCAGGAAGUCGUACAAGAAACCAAUACCCGUGUUCGGAUUGAUAGCUUCGAGCACUGCGUGGUCGAGGUGCAAAAAGAUGACCUGGGCGGAUUCCUCGAAGCUCUCAGUUUCCGCAGCGUGGUUGGUUGA